AUGGUGUUUAUUAACAAUUGCUUUGUUUCAGUAGAUCUGCGGCCGUUGCGAAAGGCGAGCUCUCAUAUCGAUGUGCAUCUGCUUCGGGUGCCCUUCAAAGACGUGGUCUGUUAUCUCUCACUACUCGAAGCCGGAAGACCUGAGGAUAAACUCGAGUUUGUGUUCAGACUUUACGACACCGACAGUAAUGGCUAUUUGGACAGUAAUGUAAGUAUUUGUCUCAUAUAUGCUUUUUAUGCUUAAAGU